AUGAGUCCAACAACAAGGAUGAUCCUAGCGUCUCCACAACGGGCAAUGGAGCCUGGACGCCGGUUGGCCUCCCGCAAUCUAGCGCCCAAUUGCAGCGUCCGCCUCACCGCUUCCCCGCCGACGAAUGUCGAUCACUCUGACCAGCUUGGCCAGAUAUUGAUUGCUCAUACCAACUUCGUAUCUUUCCUCGGGGUGACAAGCAGCCAGCUACAAGGUCACAGCAACAAACCUGCCUGA